AAACCGAGUCCAGCCGCACACUCACUGCUCAAAGGAGGGUUUUGCACACUACGAUAUCGAGGUUGGCCGGUCAAACAACAUUAUUAGGCUUCUACGUUUUUGCGAGUGUUGCACGCGUCAGAAAGGGGAUAUAGCCUGUGAUAUUCAUACGACACAAGCAACUCAGCUCCAAGCUUCUGGUUCGGGGGACAAUGGCCGUUGUUGAGCAUGUAAAUGAUGAGCUCUCGAGCCUUGCGAAUCAGCAUCCUAACACGCGCGUUGAUACUCAUGUCACGGAUUCUGGCUCGGGUGUAAUGCUGCCCUCAGAAGGCGGGCCGGUUCGCUUUCCUCGGCGAGAUCACAGCUUGAACUUGAAAGAAGCCGGAGCCUCUGUUACUCGGGAUUGGAACUUGAAACAUACUCCGGAGAGGAGCCCUACUUUACCUUCCCCUUCCUUCUCUUAUUCAUCUUCUACUCGCUCAGCUCACAGACAGAACACUGGUGGAAACCUAUAUGAGCAGAGCCAUUACCAAUCUUCAGUCUCUACAACGUUGUCGACACAUGCCACGAAUGCCUUAUCCCGCGACCCGCGCUCACAUACAGGCUACAGGAGAGAUAUUCCCUCAUUGUCUUCGCAGGUGUCCUCGCCACCUGUCUCCCCACGGUGGGAUUCACUUCCUAAGACUGCUGGUGGUUUCUAUAACCAAACAGCGACAUCCGCCCCCAGCUCGCCCGUGGCCCUCGAGUUUGGCAACGGAUUAUCUUCUGCGAUGAAUGAGCCGCACCGAAGCAUUGACUCAGUGACUUCUGAGACGAGAGACGAAUUUCCUCCCCUAUUGUUCGCUAAGCCGACGGCCAUUGAAACCCCCGUAUUCAUCGAGAAUUUUUCACGACCCCGUGUUCCGAGUAUUAAGCAACCAUACCACGACGGGCCUCGACUACGAUCCCCUACCCAACCCCAGCCUGAGCCCACUCAACAUGAUCCCACUAAUGUACUUGCUGGCCCUUGGCCUCGAUCCCGAGGUCCAUCCAUUUCAUCCAACAAGUCUGCUUCUACAUUCGCUUCUGUUGCUUUAAGACCGUCACAUGAUUCUCUUAAUCGGAGUGAUCCGCGCGGCAGGGUUCGGCAACCCCCGCCAAUCCGUCUACCUGGCACCUACGGUCGUGCUGAGAGCAGUGGUCCUAGUUUAUCUCGUGAUGCUAUUCCUCGGAUGGCCUCGCUCCCUAACGAUGAGCUUAGGUCCAGUUUCCGAUCCCAACUUACUGCCUCAACUGCCCAGGGGACCCUAACAACCGAGAGGAGCAGUGUGCUGACUAAGAGCAGCUCUGUAACAUCUGUUUAUGGGACCGUUGAUGAUACCCUUAGCGUAGACGAUGUGCUAGGCCUCUACGACAAGGGAUUUGACGAUGAUUCUGCGCCAGAAGAUAAUGAUCUAAACGAAUCGCCCCCACCAACAGCGAUAUCCGAGGCAAGUAAGGAAAGAACAAUAGAGAUAGAUACCGCGCCUGAAGUCACCACCACCCCUCCGGAACCGCUUCAACCACCUUCUAUCUUUAGGGACGAUGGUCCCAUUGUACGCGAUUCAGCUGCUAUUUUCAACAUUUCCGACCAUGAGCCUACGCGAAUCGAGCCUACGAUGCCACAGAAAGAAAGUUCUGAUACGUUUGAUGUCGUCCAACCCAGUUCUAGCGAGGAUUUCACUCCGUCGCCCCCAGUCCGUCAUGAGACGAACCUAACAACCACCGGGGACGACGAGCGUGAUAGAUAUGGUUUCAAAAAGAGUAACCAAUAUAUUACAUGUGAAGAAUUUGAUCGAUGGGACACUGAGUACUCUAAGUAUCUUGCUCGUCGACGGAAAAAGUGGCAUGCCUUCUUGAAAGAAAAUGGGCUCAUGACGGAUUCUCCUAAUCGUUUCCCUCCACGCUCCGCCAAGGCCAAGCGGUUUAUUCGAAAAGGAAUUCCCCCGGACUGGCGAGGUGCAGCCUGGUUCUAUUAUGCUGGCGGCCCUGCUAUUGUGGCUAAGCACGCUGGACUGUAUGGCGAACUCUUAGAUUGUGAGGUAAAGGAGGUGGAUGCUGAGGCUAUUGAACGCGACUUGCAUCGUACUUUCCCAGAUAAUAUCAGAUUCCGCUCAUCAGCAUUCCCUAGCGCACCUAUUCACGACAAGACCUCGGCACGAAAUAGUCAACAGACGGUGACAAGUUCAGCAAAUAAUUCUGCCGCACCCGGCGAAACGGCUAUUAUUUCCUCCUUGCGCCGCGUGCUCUAUGCUUUCUCUGUUUACAACCCACGCAUUGGCUAUUGCCAAUCUCUUAAUUUCUUGGCUGGACUGUUACUUUUAUUUGUUGAGUCGGAAGAGCAAGCAUUCUGGUUACUCAAUAUCAUCACAAGAGUGUACCUCCCCGGUACGCACGAGAUGAGUCUCGAGGGAGCUAAUGUUGACUUGGGCGUGCUUAUGUCGUCAAUCCGAGAUACGAUGCCUAACGUAUGGGCGAAGAUUGGUGGGGAAUUAGAUGGCACAGAUGUUGCACGGCCCAAAAGUCGGCGCCAUAGGCAUCGUGUUGAGUUGACGACCCGCCUCCCCCCCAUUACCCUUUGCAUGACAGCCUGGUUCAUGAGCUGUUUUAUUGGAACAUUACCGAUCGAAAGCACCUUGCGUGUGUGGGACAUUUUCUUUUACGAAGGCUCCAAGACGUUAUUUCGUAUUGCACUGACAAUUUUCAAGCUUGGUGAGCCCGAAAUAAAAAAAGUGGGCGAUCCGAUGGAGAUUUUCCAAGUUGUGCAAACGAUACCCCGGAAAAUUAUCGACGUCAAUGGUCUGAUAGAAGCAUGUUAUAAGCGGCGCAAUGGAUUCGGACACCUCAGCCAGGAAAGCAUUGAGCAGAAGCGUCUGGAAAGACGAAAACAUGUCAAAGCAGAGAAAGAGCAGCUUGCAUCGGGCGAAUCCAUUGCAUCGGUAGAUGCCGAGAUGGGUAGAAAAGGUACACUAUUCAAACGGAAACCCAGGGAUUAAGAUCAUCUCAAUCCAGGCUUGCAGCACCAUUUCUCGCUCGCCAUUGGGCCCAUCAUCUAGCGUACAAGCCUGCGGCAAACACGGGGUUUAACGAUCAAUGGGUCACACCGGGUGUUCCCUUAUCGACCGGGACUUGUCCAGUCGACGUCCCGAUCGGAAUAUCGCAUACUACCAUUCAGCAGCCCAGUGAGAGGCUACUGUUCUUCACUCCUUUCAACUUGAUUUCUUUUUUUAUAACGCGUAAUGAGAUGACGAAUAUUCAUAAAAAAGCAUGGCGGCAAGAAAGGAUUCGCAAAAAACUUAGAUUCUGACACGGUUGGAGCAUGAUGUAUUGCUUCAUGCAUAAGACCUACAAGGUUCGACCUUGAGUCAAGAGCGUUGUAUUAACUAUUUGGAGGAGCCAUCAUGAUAGAUGGAAGGAAACAACGAAUGGGAGGACUACCACAAUUAUUUUCAUAUUUCGGCGGUUUGGCAUGCAUAGAGAGGGACUA